ACGGCAUUUGGCAUACGGCUGUAGAAAUGUGCCGAGGAAGCAGAAGCAGUAGCCUACAGGAAAUGCUGCACUAGAGCUGAAUGAAGAAAACUGUUGUUUAGUCUAACAGCAAAGUUUUAUUUUAUUUAGUAAUCAUGUCAAAACUUCGUAUACAGUUGCUAUACUCUCGUGUCAUUCACGGGGUAUCUAAUCAGCCGUACUAACAGAGGGAAGUAGUGCUACAUUUAAAACUGAUCUUUAUUUUGUGUAGUAAUGGAUAAAGUGAUCAACUGUUUCCGCAAGAAGCCAGACGCGGUGGCUCGGCUCAUAUGUUUCCCGUGGGCAGGAGGAGGCUCCAUCCACUACGCGCGAUGGGGCAACCUGAUGAGUUCAGUCGAAGUGUUUGCUGUACGGCUCCCUGGGAGGGAGUCUCGGAUGAAGGAGCCGUUCCACCAGAGCAUGCAGCAGGUGGUGGAGGAGGUGGUCGGGGCAUUGCUACCUGUCCUCAGGGAGAAGCCUUUUGCCCUCUUUGGCCACAGCUUUGGUGCCAUGUCCUGUUUUGCCUUUGCGGAGUACCUGAAGAGAAGUCACGGCAUGGAGCCUCUCCACGUCUUCCUCUCUGGAGCGUCUGCUCCUUAUUCCGAGACACGCCUCAAUGCACCCUCCAGGAGUGGCCUGUCAGACGAGGACUUUCUCCAUUGGAUGAGCACCAUCGGGGGCACGCCCCCAGAACUACUGGCCAAUCCGGAGGUGAUGAAGCUUUUCCUUCCCCCACUGAAGGCAGACCUUCAUGUAAUUGAAACCUAUAGAUGCCCUCGGCCAGACACGCCCUUCCUGUCCUGUCCGGUUUCCUGCUUCGAUGGAAAGCAAGACAUGCCACAUGAUCUCAAAGCCUGGAAGGACAUGACCAGUGGAGACUUCAGCAUCCAGAUGCUGCCAGGUGCCCACUUCUACCUGAAGGAGGCAGCCAAUGAGAAGAUCAUCCUGGACCAUGUGACUAAACACCUGGAGACAGCGGAGAUGGACUACCUGUGACUGUGACCUGUAGAUAUACACACAUGACCCACUGAAGCACCUUUGAGAGUCCCAUGAGAUGUCAGUAUCUUUCCUGUAUGGGAUUCAAAGAAAGACAUUUGAAAGCCUUCAAAGAGACUCAUUGAUCUGUUUCUUGGGAUUGAAGGAAAGAAAGAUGUUUGAAAGUCUUCAAAGAAACUCAUUGAUCUCUAAGCAACUCUGCUUCUUCUUUAAGCUCGAAAAGCUCAGGAUUCCAGAAGAAGUCAAUUUGCUUACAGCUUAACUUUUUGUAUAACAUGCCCUGGAUGAAGGAGAAUCUUCACAAACAUGUUUGACUGUGGUAUACCUGGCACGUCAGGGUGGUGUAACCACAGCCAAUGACACUUUUCUAUGGAUUAAAUGCUUUUCAGAUGCGCCGUCCAAGCAUCUCUAUAAGAGGCUGUGUACGUUCGUCCAUCCGUCCGUCUGUCCGUCUGUCCGUCUGAAACGCUUUCUUUGUCUGAAACACUUUCUUUAAAUCGGGCACCCGCCACGUCACAAUGCCAAAGUCAGCAGACCGAAACUACAGAAACUGGACAGGGUGAAGAAAUUGCCUUUUCAUGAAUAUCCUUACACUUACGAUAUAAUAUUUUGCUGUAGUAUUAACUUCAAGACCCCCAGGUCGUCAGAUCAGACCUCAUUUCUGACAUUUCCACUAUGGGGCAGAAAGUAACUGACAUGAGCCAGGAAAUCCUGUCAUUGAAAAGAAAAUUGAAAACAAAAGAAGAGCAGAACAGUUUUCUAUAACACCACAACGCAAAAUUACAGCGGUUGGUGGAUGAGGUCUUGAGAGACAGGCCAGGUAAUCAUUCUAGCCAUUAUUUUACAUCAAAUAUACUCAACACAUCAAAAACCUUUGAGCAAAAUAAUAAAAAAUCUUCAGUAUUUUAUGUCCAAACGGCAUGAUUUAUGUUUAUGAUGAAUACAUUCAUAAAGAAAACCUCUCUCACAAAUAUAUUUUACACAGUAACCGAACGCCACGUCAUAAUUGCAGCUAUGCUGUUCACCUGUACACCUGUUCAUUUCAAUCAAUAAGCAACCAGUGGACGCAUCUUUGUCCGCCUGUUGGACUUGUUUUGUUUUUAGUGGAUUAUCUAAGAAGCAUAUUUAUUGCAGUGCAUUAAUUACCAAUUACCAAUUAAUUUAUGGACAUUAUCUCUGGUUGUAGUAACAAUUUUCAAUGGGGUUUCAUUUCUGGUGAUUUAGAAUUAAACUUGUGAGUUAGCGCCAAAACGUGGCAUGGAAAUCUACGGGGUAUAUUGAAGAGUGAAGUGUGGGACACCAGGUCAGCAAACAAGAACAGCUGACGGCAAAGCAUCAAGGAUAUCUGGGCUUCCAUUACUCCCAUGCACUGUUUCUGCCAUUGACUUCAAUGUUAAACGCAUCAUGGCCGUUAUUAAGACAGAGAGAGUCCUAACCAAGUAUUGAACAUUGCAUGUUAUGUAGAAAGUACCAGAUUUCAACUGAUUUGAUGUGCACUGAUGUGAAACGAAUUUUGAUGAAGAAAAUUGUGAUUUUAUUACAAUAUGAUGCGAAUUCCCCAAUUCAUGGGUUUUUUUAGCUGGAAGACCAAAAUAUGUAAAAAGAAAAAAUUGAAUGAUUGGAAUAGUUAAAAAACUGGUCCAUGAAUCUACAAUCCAUGACAGUUUAACAUUAUUGAUGGAAUUAUGGAAAUAAAUCAACUUUUUCAUGCUAUUCUAAUAAAGUGGCCUGGAGCUGUAGUUUUGGUACAUUUGUAUUUAUCAACUGUUCACAACAGCUUUUUUGUUUACUUUUGUUUUUUGUUGUUGUCGUUCUUUUCCCCCCUGAAUUACUCAUGUGGAAUAACGCACCGAGCGAAACUUCCUGAGAGAGACAAAGGUGCAGACACCAGCUCUAACUUUACUCAUGUAGCCUCAUGUAUUUAUUAACAUUUCAAGUCACUACUGAUUUAAGCUGGGCCAAGAGUUCCUACAUUUACCAUGACAGGGCUUCCUAUAUACUUGUAGAUUCUGGCAAGGCCUAACCUUGCAUGGGUCGUGGCACACUAUUUUUCCUGUGCACCCCCUUUCACAACCAUAGUCUACUGUCUGUGUCUGUGUGUCAGUGCCCCUUAUCGGCCCUAUAAAAUAACAGUAAUAGUAGUAGAAAUGUUUAGUGAUACAAUUGGUUAUUAUAAUGCCGUUCUUAACUAAUAGGAAUAUUGCUGAGCUUAUUUUUUAUUAUCUUGGUGUGUACAUGAAUUAUUAUUCAAUAUGUUGUGCUAUACUUUUUAUUCCAAUUUGCAGCGGACCCCCAUUUCUAUUUGUAUUUGUAUUUAACAUAUUAAUAACAAAAUAAAAAGA